AUGCUCGAGGUCCUGGACAUGGCGCCCCCGCCGCCACCGCCGCCGCAGGCGGAGGCGCGGCACCACCAGGGGGCAGCCAACAAGGGCGGGCACGCGGAGCGGAGGAAGCAACCGCUGCAGAGCAGCGUGACGCAGCCCAAGGCGGAGCCGCCGGCGGCUUCGGCGGCGGCGGCCGUGCUGCCGGAGGGAGGCAAGAGGUGCGGAGGAGGCGGGAGGCGCCGCGGCGGGCGCGGCCGGGCCAAGGCGCCGGGUGAACCUCGCGCCGCGCUUGCGGUAGCGGUAGCACCGCCGCCGCCGCCGCCGCCGCGCACGGUCAUUGGGCCGCCCGUGCCGAGCAAGGGGCUGUCGUUCUGCCGCCGGCCGGGAUUCGGGACGGUGGGCGCGCGCUGCGUCGUCAAGGCCAACCACUUCCUCGCCGAGCUCCCGGACAAGGACCUCACCCAGUAUGAUGUGAAGAUCACGCCGGAGGUGAGCUCGCGGACCGUGAACCGGGCCAUAAUGGCGGAGCUGGUCCGCCUCUACCGCGCGUCCGACCUCGGAAUGCGACUCCCGGCCUACGACGGCCGCAAGAAUCUCUACACCGCCGGUACCCUCCCGUUCGACGCUCGCGAGUUCGUCGUGCGCCUCACCGAUGAGGACGACGGCACCGGCGUCCCGCCCCGGGAGAGGGAGUACAGGGUCGCCAUCAAGUUCGCCGCGCGUGCCGACCUCCACCACCUCAGGCAGUUCAUCGCCGGGCGGCAGGCGGACGCGCCGCAGGAGGCCCUACAGGUACUCGACAUCGUGCUGCGCGAGCUCGCCAACCAGAGGUACGUGUCGAUAGGGCGGUCCUUCUACUCGCCGGACAUCAGGAAGCCGCAGCGGCUAGGCGACGGCCUGCAGUCGUGGUGUGGGUUCUACCAGAGCAUCCGGCCGACACAAAUGGGAUUGUCGCUUAACAUCGACAUGUCGUCCACGGCGUUCAUUGAACCCCUGCCGGUGAUCGAGUUCGUGGCCCAGAUAUUAGGAAAGGAUGUCAUAUCAAGGCCAUUGUCCGAUGCUAACCGAAUCAAGAUCAAGAAGGCAUUGCGGGGCGUAAAAGUUGAGGUCACUCACCGGGGGAAUGUAAGGCGCAAGUAUCGCAUUUCUGGGCUGACAACGCAACCAACUCAUGAACUAAUUUUCCCGAUUGAUGAACAAAUGAAUAUGAAAUCUGUGGUGGAAUACUUCAAGGAAAUGUAUGGUUUCACCAUUCAGCAUCCUCAUCUUCCCUGCCUUCAGGUUGGGAACCAAAAGAAGGCAAACUAUCUACCGAUGGAGGCAUGCAAGAUCGUUGAAGGCCAGAGAUACACGAAGAGGCUGAAUGAAAAACAGAUCACAUCAUUGCUAAAGGUUACAUGCCAAAGGCCUAGAGAACAGGAGAUGGAUAUUCUACAGACAGUUCAUCAAAAUGGAUAUGAGCAAGAUCCAUAUGCAAAGGAAUUUGGGAUCAACAUUAGUGAGAAGCUAACCUCUGUUGAAGCUCGAGUCCUUCCUGCACCUUGGUUGAAGUAUCAUGACACUGGAAAAGAGAAAGAGUGCUUACCACAGGUUGGUCAAUGGAACAUGGUAAACAAGAAAGUGAUAAAUGGAUGCAAGGUGAGCCAUUGGGCGUGUAUAAACUUCUCAAGGAGUGUUCCAGAAAACACAGCUAGGGGAUUUUGCCAGGAAUUGGCGCAAAUGUGUCAGAUUUCGGGCAUGGAAUUUAACAGUGAGCCAGUGAUGCCAAUAUAUUCAGCUAGACCAGACCAAGUAGUGAAGGCACUUAAAAAUGUGUAUAAUAUGGCACUGAACAAACUCAAGGGUAAAGAACUUGAACUUCUUUUGGCUAUCCUCCCUGACAACAAUGGUCCAUUAUAUGGUGACAUCAAACGUAUUUGUGAAACUGAUUUGGGAUUGAUAUCACAAUGUUGCUUAACCAAGCAUGUUUUUAAGAUCAGCAAGCAGUACUUGGCAAAUGUCUCACUGAAAAUUAAUGUUAAGAUGGGAGGAAGAAACACUGUGCUCCUGGAUGCAAUAAGUUGGAGGAUUCCUUUGGUCAGUGACAUACCAACUAUUAUAUUUGGUGCAGAUGUAACACAUCCUGAAACCGGGGAGGACUCAAGUCCAUCAAUUGCUGCCGUUGUUGCUUCUCAAGAUUGGCCAGAAGUUACAAAGUAUGCUGGAUUGGUUUGUGCUCAGGCACACCGGCAAGAGCUCAUUCAGGACCUUUACAAAACAUGGCAUGAUCCUCAGAGAGGCACUGUAACAGGCGGCAUGAUCAGGGAGCUCUUAAUAUCCUUCAGGAAGGCCACUGGGCAGAAGCCAUUGAGAAUAAUAUUCUACAGGGACGGUGUUAGUGAAGGCCAGUUCUACCAAGUUCUCCUUUACGAGUUAGAUGCCAUCCGUAAGGCAUGUGCAUCCCUAGAACCAAAUUACCAGCCUCCUGUAACAUUUGUGGUAGUUCAAAAACGUCAUCAUACAAGACUAUUUGCAAAUAAUCACAAAGACAGAAGUAGCAUGGACAAGAGUGGAAAUAUUCUGCCAGGAACCGUUGUUGAUUCUAAGAUAUGCCACCCAACGGAGUUUGAUUUCUACCUCUGUAGUCAUGCUGGAAUUCAGGGAACAAGUAGGCCUGCUCACUACCAUGUCCUCUGGGAUGAGAACAAUUUUACAGCAGACGAAAUGCAGACAUUGACAAACAACCUAUGCUACACUUAUGCCCGGUGCACACGCUCGGUUUCUGUUGUCCCUCCUGCAUACUACGCACACCUGGCAGCAUUCCGGGCUCGGUUCUACAUGGAACCAGAGAUGUCGGAGAACCAGACGUCUAAGAGCUUCAAUGGCACAAACGGAGUCUCGGUGAAGCCCCUGCCUGCUGUCAAGGAGAAGGUGAAAAGGGUGAUGUUCUACUGCUGA